CCUCGUUCUACUGAAGAGAGGAGGUCCUGCUGAUUCGUAUGGCAAGCUUGCUGCUCCUUUGUUUUAAACGGUUACAACAACCGAAAAGGGGAGCAAAGCCAAAAAAGGCUUAAACAGGGACCGAUUUUUCCCCCUUUCUUUAAGCUCGGGAUUUUGUGAAACACUAUUUCCUUGUUCAGAGAGUAGCGGGGUGGCGGGGGGGGGUGAGGAAGCCGUCUCAUUUCUUGCUUGUUUUCCAAGCGCAAGAGCGAGUGGGCUCGAGUUCAUUUUUGCCGCUGGAGAAAACACCAAUAAAAACAAAUUCGCCCACGACGUGAGGAAAGAGGAAAGGGAACCUUUGGCGGGCCGAGGCAGACAAAGGUUGUCGGAGCCGGCGGGAAAGUAGAGUCACGAACUCUCUCCCUCCCCCCGCCGCCUCGCUUUGCCCCCUCUCUGGAGUUUUUCCUAGGAAGGGCGGCGGAUCGUGCAAAAAAGCUCCGGGAACCCGAGGCGUCAGACGAGGGCACUCGGUGACCCUUCUGACAGCUGUUUCCUCUCCUCGUCUGCGAGCAGGACAUAUAUUAUCUGUCAUAGAUACAACUCCUCAUCCUUCGCUCCUCGGUGCUGGGGGCGCUUCUCCAGCUGCGCCCAAAUUCGGUCGCGCUCCGAGCCUCCGGAGACGCCGCAACAUGGGCAAACUUGCCUUCCCGGCUCUCCGCCCCAGCCUUUGCUUGUUUCUCUUCGCCGCCAGAGUCUGGGGUAAUAACAUCUGUGUUACACGAGGGGUGAACUCAUGUCAACAGUGCUUAACUGUGAAUCCACAAUGUGCUUGGUGUUCCAAAGAGGACUUGCAACCAGGAUUUUCUCGCUGUGACCUGAGGGAUAAUCUAGUUAAAAAUGGCUGUCCAGUUAAACAGAUUGAAUAUCCAGUCAGCAGCACUCACUUCCUAGAAGCGAGGCCCCUUAGUGACAAAGGGUCAGGGGAUGAAAUCACUCAAAUGACCCCACAGAAGAUUGAGCUCCAUCUGAGGCCAGAUGACUCCCAAACAUUCUCAGUGCAAGUGCGUCAGGUGGAGGACUACCCUGUGGAUAUCUACUAUCUGAUGGACUUGUCUAAUUCCAUGAAGGAUGACCUCCGCAACAUCCAGAACUUAGGCACCAGACUAGCCAUGGAAAUGCGCAAAGUGACCAGCAACCUGAGGAUUGGCUUUGGCGCCUUCGUUGACAAGCCCCUGUCCCCUUACAUGUAUAUUUCCCCUCCGGAAGCCUUAACAAAUCCAUGCUAUGACUUGAAACCACCAGAUAACCACUGCUUGCCGAUGUUUGGCUACAAGCAUGUCCUGGCACUCACAGAUGAGGUGCAGCGCUUCAAUGAGGAAGUGAAGAAGCAGAGUGUCUCAAGGAACCGUGAUGCUCCAGAGGGAGGGUUUGAUGCCAUCAUCCAAGCUACUGUCUGUGAUGACAAGAUUGGCUGGAGACCAGAUGCCUCUCACUUACUUGUCUUCACAACCGAUGCCAAGACACAUAUUGCUUUAGAUGGAAGACUGGCAGGGAUUGUGAUCCCCAAUGAUGGGCAUUGUCACAUGGACAGCAACAACUUCUAUGAAGCUUCUACUACAUUGGAUUACCCAUCUCUUGGCCUGUUGACGGACAAACUAUCUCAGAAAAACAUUAACUUGAUUUUUGCUGUGACUCAUUCUAUCGUGGGGCUGUAUCAGAAUUACAGUGAACUACUUCCUGGAACUACAGUAGGAACCCUGUCAAAAGACUCCAGCAAUGUUUUGCAGCUGAUUUUGGAUUCCUAUGGGAAAAUUCGUUCCAAGAUUGAACUGGAAGUACGCAAUUUGCCAGAGGAAUUGUCCCUUUCAUUCAAUGCCACCUGCCUGGAUAACGAAGUCAUUCCUGGAGUUAAGUCCUGUGUGGGCCUUAAGAUUGGAGAUACGGUGAGUUUCAGCAUUGAGGCAAAGGCUCGUGGCUGCCCCCAGGAACAGCAAAAGUCUUUCACCAUCAAGCCAGUGGGCUUUGAGGACAGCCUGACAGUCUUGGUGAACUUUGACUGCGACUGUCGGUGCCAGCAAUAUGCCCAGCCUGACAGCAACCUCUGUAGCCAUGGCAACGGCACCUUUGAAUGCGGCAUGUGCCGCUGCCAUCCAGGCCGGCUGGGCUCCCACUGUGAGUGUUCAGAGGAGGAGUACAGCCCCUCCCAGCAGGACAACUGCAGCCCAUCUGGGGGGCUCUCCCUCUGCAGCCAGCGGGGCGAAUGUAUCUGCGGCCAGUGUGUUUGCUACAGCAGUGACUUUGGCAAGAUUUCCGGCAAGUACUGUGAAUGCGACGACUUCUCCUGUGUCCGCUUCAAAGGAGAACUCUGUUCUGGUGACAAGGGGAAGGAUGCUGUGAAUUGUACUUACAAGGAUGAGAAUGACUGUGUGGUACGUUUCCAGUACUUUGAGGACUCUAGUGGCAAAUCCAUCCUGUACGUCAUUGAGGAACCAGACUGUCCCAAAGGGCCUGAUGUUCUGGUCGUUCUCCUUUCGGUGACUGGAGCUGUCUUGCUGAUUGGCUUGGCUGUCCUCCUCAUCUGGAAAUUGCUUAUUACAAUCCAUGACCGGCGGGAGUUUGCCAAGUUUGAAGAAGAGCGGGCCAGGGCUAGAUGGGACACGGCCAACAACCCAUUGUACAAAGGAGCCACCUCCACAUUCACUAACAUCACCUAUCGUGGGAAUUCUUAAAGGGAAAGAGGGCACUGAAAAGCUUUCCCUAUUCAAUGUUUACAGAACAGUCCAUGCUGGGUUGGCAAAUUUAUUAUAUGUGUGUGUGAUAAUUUCAACACCUUUUGCUCAGGUUGUUCAAGGAUCUUCACUAUUCAUUGUUCCACUGUCCCAUGAGAUGCCUGCACUAGGAUUCUUCCAAAAUUCUCUGUUACCUCAGCUUGAACUGUGGGCCAAAUCCAUGCACUGGACUUGUUUUCAGUAGGAACAGCAAUGUGCAAAUAUCUAGGGCUCCCAGGGCUCUACAGGAUACUGUAGCUGAAUAAAAUUAGAAGGCAGGAUUGCUGAGGUAUAUAAUCUAACACAGAAAAUGUGCUAUACUGUAGGACCCGCAUAUCUGUGAAAUUGGUGUUUUCUUCCUCAAUAUGUUAAAUAUAUAAAAAGAGAAAAAAAAUCAGAAAUACUGUACGGUACAUGUUUCCACAAUGUAAUUACCAGAACCAGCCACUGGAGGGAGCCAUAGACCAGGCUAUGUAUAGGGUUUGCUAUUAUCCAUGGUUUUUGGCAUCCGCAGGGGGCUUGGAACUGUUCCCCUGCCGAUAUGCGGAUCCUGCUGUUAUUAAGGUGGAAAUUGAGGGGUUUGGAAACAAAUACACUAAAUAUGGAGUAUCUGAGCCUGUUACUAUGCUCAAACACCCUCUGUGAGGACUGACUUGAAACAACCUUACUCGGUGACUUCUGCUCCUGGCUGCUGCCACUCCUUUCCCAUUCCCAUCCCAGCACAAUGGUCUGUGACUGUGUUGGCCAUCGGACAGCUUGCAGCAGACCCUUUAUAGCUUGUGGACUGUUGGCUAGCAUUCCUGAUCCAAGGGGCCAUGGGAGGCGUAUUUCCCAUAGAUCCAUUUCUGGACUCUGCUGAGUGGUGGAAAGAUUUAGGAAAUGGAGACAGGGCUAAGAAGCUCACCGUCUCUGCUAUGUUGCUGUUACAUUUGUGAACACAGUGGAACUCAAUUUCAAAAUAGGUUCUGAAUGUAAAAGUAUUAUUUCCUGCUAUUUCGGAAAACUGCAUUUCCAGUGUCCAUUCCAAACUGAACUAAUUUUGACUGUAAUUAGCUAUAUACAACAUACUAUUUUUAAAAAUGUUAUUCUUACCCACACAAGAAAUAAUGGGUAUUUGGUUUUUAAUUU